GCGCGGCGCCGCUGCUGCUCUCGCCGUGGCCGCCGCUCCGGGCCGUCGCCACCGCCGCCCCGGCGAUGAGGAAACGCAACGAAUCGGUUACGGUGGAGCAUGAGCGCGGUGCUGCUGCCGCCGCCGCUGCCGCGCCGCUCGACAAGGGCUGCAACCUGAGGCACAGCCUGCGCCUGCCCGCCGCUGCCGGCGACACGGGCAUGAAGCGACCGCUGGGCAGGCGAUAUGGAUUAUGGUUCCGACUGCGGAAGUUAAUAAUCUGGCUGCUGGGAAUGUACAUUGCUAUUCCAUUUCUAGUAAAACUCUGCCCUGCUAUUCAGGCAAAGCUGGUCUUCCUAAACUUUGUGAGGGUCCCAUAUUUCAUUGACUUGAAAAGACCACAGGAUCAAGGUUUAAACCACACCUGUAAUUAUUACCUGCAGCCAGAGGAGGAUGUAACCAUCGGAGUCUGGCACACAGUCCCUGCAGCAUUAUGGAAGAAUGCCCGAGGGAAGGACCAGUUGUGGUUCGAAGAUGCUUUGGGAUCUAGUCACCCUGUAAUCCUCUACUUGCAUGGGAAUGCGGGAACAAGAGGAGGGGAUCACCGUGUGGAGCUUUACAAGGUUCUCAGCUCGCUUGGGUACCACGUGGUGACGUUUGAUUAUCGAGGCUGGGGCGAUUCAGUAGGCAGCCCGUCAGAGAGGGGGAUGACCUAUGAUGCCCUUCACGUCUUCGACUGGAUCAAAGCAAGAAGUGGGGACAACCCAGUCUACAUAUGGGGACACUCCUUGGGCACAGGGGUUGCAACAAACCUAGUGAGGCGCCUCUGCGAGAGAGAAACACCCCCGGAUGCCCUGAUCCUGGAAUCUCCUUUCACCAACAUACGGGAGGAGGCACGAAGUCAUCCCUUUUCUGUGAUAUACAGAUACUUCCCUGGGUUUGACUGGUUCUUCCUUGACCCCAUCACGACAAGUGGAAUUAAGUUUGCAAACGAUGAGAACGUGAAAUACAUUUCCUGCUCCCUGCUCAUCCUUCAUGCUGAGGAUGACCCCGUGGUACCAUUUCAUCUGGGAAAGAAGCUUUACAACAUCGCUGCAACAUCACGGAGUUUCCGGGACUACAAGGUGCAGUUUGUGCCGUUCCACACAGACCUCGGCUACCGGCACAAGUACAUCUACAGGAGUCCAGAGCUACCUCGAAUACUGCGGGAAUUCCUGGGAAAAUCUGAACAAGAGCAUCAUCACUGAACACCAGCUGCUUGGCAGCACAGAGAUUUUCCUUUCUUCCUUUCCUCUCCCUCCUUUUCCUUCCCCUCCCUGUGGGUCAGUCUGCCAUUCCUCCAUCCCUGGCACUAGAGGAGCUCAGGGAUUCCGACUCCGGUCCUGCUGUGUACCCUUGGCAACUCCAGCCCCUGGCAUCACAGAAGGAGAAAGAAGUUGUUGGUCUGUUUUCUAACAUGGAUGUGGAGGGCUGAUACCAGCCAGUAUCAAGCCAUGAAGAACAGAAGCACAAGGAAGCCUGGCCAGUGCAGCCUGGUACUGCUGGGGACAGACAUUCCUCAGACCUGUGUGUCAUGACCAAGGGUGUUUCACCUUUAAACACUGCUGCUGGUUUGAAUCCUGUAGAGACUCAUUUGUAGCGAAUGGCUUUUGCCGUGUCUCCAGACUGCAGUUGUCUUGCUUGAGUUUGAGGUGUUUUCUUUCUAGGAAAUACAUGUUUUGCCUUUCCUUUUUGCUAAGUGGCUGGAAUUACAAAGAUGGAAGGUCCAGGUGCUGAGAAGGGGUUUAUUUAGCUCCUCAGUAACAAGGUGUUGCAAGUGUUGAGCUCAUUGCACACGUUUGGAAAUAGAAGGGAAGAUGGGGGUUUUUGUUCUUCCUUUUCAAACAUCUGUUUAAUGGGAAGGUUGAUGCCCUUUCAUCUUCUGUGCCCUCUUCCUUCCAGACACCAUUUCUGCUCCCAUCCCUGCUGUGGUCUCUGGAGCUCUUCUUUCUCACACACGCUUAUUAGGACUGAAGCUAUUUAUGUAGAUAAAUUGCAGAUUUGGCAGUUUAAGCUGGAAAGCCUGAGAGAACUUUUUUGCUUGAUCUCCCAUGUCCAUGAACAGCAGGAGCCCAGGAUGUGGGAAUGGAUGUCUUCUCCCUGUUGGCACGCAGGCUACCUUUUAACUAACUGAAGGUCAGGUAUUCCUAUUCUGGUGGCUGCACUGUUCUGCUGUGGUUCUAAAACAGGCAGUGGUACACAGCUCUUGAUGCAAAAGUAACAGUCUGGGUAUCCCUCCCCUUCUCUCCCUUCACCUAUCUCCUGUGCUCUGGGCAUCCCAGGCACUUCCAGUAGCACUUCUUAGCCCAUCUCAUGGCCAUGGUCAGAGCAUAUUGUCCAGGAGGCAGAAGUGGAGAUGAACUUCUCCCACAGAAAGAGGUUCUGAGGGUGGCCUUACCCUUCCUGGGGCUAGAACAGGGCCUGGUUGCUCCCACUGGUCAGUCCAUAUAGACAAUGCGAGGUGCUGUAGGUUUAGUCCCUCAUGCUCAGUGAAUUGUGCUGCCUGAAGGGUCUGCUCAGGGGUGUUAUCACUGUAGUAUAAACUGCCCAGCAUGCAUCCAGGUUCUACCUGCAGGCUUACACUAGUGACAAAGCAGACAGUAGCUUGUUCUUGUACUGAGAUUCUUCCGCCAUAGCGUGGUUGUCCCUGAGGUUCCUGACCCAUAAUACUCAAAAGCUAACUGCCACUUGGACCAUGGGUGAUGCCCUUGUAUUUAUUGCACUGACAGGAGGGAAACACUGACUUGGCUCUGGACAGGGCCGUGCACAUUCCAGCUCGUGCUGCUGCUGGCGGCUGGCCUGGGGCAGAGCCUGGCUGCCUUCUUCCCAUGGGAUGGAGCUGAGGGUCCAGCAGUGCUGGUGGUGGCGAUGCCAGCACCACCAUUCCCAGCAGGAGGCCAGUGAGAUGCUUGGAAAUUGACAGUGAAAUGUUUAUCUACAAGUGGUGUAGUUUUAAUAAAGGCAUUGACUGCUGAUCACUUCA